AAAGAUGGCGGUCAUGAUAGUUUUAAACCAAGUAAAAGGAUGUUAGAAACUGAGAGAGGGCAGCGGUGGGAGAAGAAGACGAAGGGACAGUAGAAUAAUGGCGAGGGCUACUCAAAUUUUUCGCAAAGCUCGGAAAGCCUUCCAUGAUCUCAACCUUCUCAAGAUCUUGCAAUCCGAGAUAACCCACGAGCUUUCUUCAACCCCAUGUCAGAACUAUGAGAACAAUAGUACUUCCAGUGAUUUCACUGUGGAACAUGACUCGCUCAAGUCACAAGACGUGGUGUUGCGGCGAAAAUUGGAUUCCGGUGAGGAGGUUGUGAUUUCUGCUCUAUUGGGUCCUCUCAGAUUGGGAUAUGAAGGGGCUUUUCCGAGGGACAUUUUGAUGAAGAUUUGUGUGAGUAAGCCUGGAGUUAGCUCUCUUUUGCAGUUUGAUUGUGGGGUUUCAGAGAACGGUCAUGGCGGGUCUCCUUUCGAACUCUACAAUGCCUAUUAUCUUCCAUCUUCUGAUUGUUUGGGACCUUCUGUUUAUAGAGGCCCUUCGUUCAGCUCGUUAGAUCCUCGGUUACAAGACGCGCUCAAGGAAUUCCUAAUCAGUAGAGGUGUUGAAGAAAGGCUGACCAACUUCCUUCUCAUUCACCUGCAUAAAAAAGAGCAAGGUCAGUAUCUGAAUUGGUUACAAGAUGUCGAAUCUUCAAUCGCAAAAGGACAAUCUAAUGAACUUUAACAACUUCACAUCGUAUCUUGAAUGCCUGAUUUUCAUAUGGGAAGAGGAGGCACGACUUUAAGUGCAGGUUUGGAACAUUUAAAUUGAUUGCUAAAUAAGAGUUUUCAUUCAUUCUGCUUGCAUUUUGUGUUUGUGCAAGUGUAUACUUUUUCUUGCGCAUGAAAAUGUUUCAGCCAGAUUUAUUUGUCAACAAAACAAAAACGUGGUACUCUAAUCAUUUAGUUUGAGCCUUGGUUCUACAUUGACGUUGACAAAAAUGUUGAGCCCUCAGCUGAAGAGAAAUUCAAUGAAAAUAUUGAAAUAACACUUCAUGAAUUUCUUGAA